ACAGACUCGCCGUUUCGAGUUCAUCGCUUAGUUUUAGUUAUAGUUUAUUCAGUGACGGUGUCUCUCGCAUUGCGGUUGCUGCUAAUUUUUUGAGUGUAUAUUUGGUUCUGCUGAGAUUAUACGCAAAAUAAAAGCAUAGUGAUUUCACGAAUUCAUAAUUUGUAAAGUCACUUAAUCUCAUUGAUAACAGAAGGAAGAUGAAUAUUGUUUCGAGAGGCACCGUCACAACGAUGGAAAUAAAAGGAAGCCGUUCAACUAAAAACGUUUCGCCGCGGGUAGAAUCGAACCCCGUGGCAAGAAAGCGGCGAAUGGACGAGCUGCCAUUAUCUAAAAUUCCGAAAGCACCUCGAAGAGAUUCGAAAGAUGAUGAAUGUACUGUGUCGUCUAACUCAGUAUCUUUAAAAGAGUUGACUGGUACUUCAUCUACCGAUAUGCUGACAGACUCGCAUUGCGCUGUAAAUAAUCGAGAGAUUUCUUCAUCCGCGAUUACUACUGUUGAUGAUGAUGAUGAUGAUGAAGAAAAUUUACAAAAAGACAGUAGAGAUUCGAUAAUUGUUAAGAAUAAGCCACCCAUACAUCCAGAUAUACCUCACAAACGAUUAAUAAGUGUUAAUCGUCGAGAUGAUUCAACUAGGCUUAGAAAAACAAUUCAGUGGCUCGAAGAAGGUGCGAGAAAAUUAAGGGAAGAUCUUGCUGAUGCCAGAGCUGAGCUUCAUGAGGAAAAAAAGUCUGCUAAAAUGGCAAGGAGAGAUAUUGAAAGAGCUGUUAAGAAAGCUCGUAAUCAAGAAGCUAAAAAAUAUCAAAAUAUUAUAGCCGAUUUAAGAGCAAGAUUAACUAAAAAUCCCUUCCAAGUGUCAUUGGAUAAUUCUACUAGUUUAAAAAGCGAGCAAUCAAAAGAUGAUAAUCAGAGAUGUGAAACAUUAGUUGCACGAAAACGUCGUGCGGAGCUUAAUCAAACGAUUGAAAAUCUCAAUUCAGAUUCAUCAGACUCUGAUGAUUGUACGAAAAGAAAACGAAAAUAUUCGAAUGAGGCUGAACUACGUACGAUUGAAUGCGAGAUUCGAAAUUCACAAAUGGUGAAUAAGGAACUUGAACAAAACUUACAGAUGAACCUCUACAAAGGCAAUUGUGAGGGAGAGACCGAACGACUUCGUGAGCUUGCAUUGGAACAACAGGAAGUAAUAGAAUAUCUACGUCAGCUAUUGAAGGAACAAGAACGGAAGAUUGACCAGUUAUUAUGGAGUAGAAGAAAGAAGAAAGGGUCACCAUACAAGCGAUGGAUGGAAUUAGCGCCAGUUGCUGAGGUAGAUGAUGAAGAGGAACAGGAAGAUGGUGAUAGUACUUUAUCAAGUACAUCUUCAUCGGUAUCGAUGCAAGCCAGUACUAUUAUAUGGCAAGGAAAUACUGUAACGCGUGAAGCUUAUGAAGAGUUGUUAUUUGAAAAUGAUGAAUUGCAUAUGAAGUAUACUGAAGAACAACAGGAAUUAGAGCGUGCUAGAAAUCUUGUCCGUGAAUUGGAGAAGGCAUUGCUACAAGAGACACAUAGUGGUCAACAUAAUCGGAUUGCACUGAGUAACAAGUUGCGCGAAGCUGAAGAACGUGAAGCCGAUUUGAUUGCCGAAUUGUCGGAACUUAAAGAACAAAAUGAAUUGUUGGAGUUUCGUGUGAUAGAAUUGGAAGAAAUUGGGCCACGCGAAAGUCGUGAUGCUGUUGAUAGUGGUGUUGGAUCACCCGAGCCGAUUCAAUUAUUCAAAGUUCAAAGUACUGCUUCUAAUAAACAAAAGGAUCGUGCCAUUGCAACUGUUAUACCUUAUAGCUCGUGCAACAGUCAAUCUUCUUUGCUUUUGACUUCAGUGCAAAAAUCCUCGUUGUCUUUACAAGAAAGCGGUAUUUUUGAGGAUGAAGACGAUAAUGAAAACAUUGAAGUAACUAGUUGUGGUACACAAACAGAAACUCCAGCUGGUGAAUUGUUACAAGAAGUACAAAGAUUACAAGUUCUAAGGGAAAGAAUUCAAGAAAAAGCUGCCAAAGUACCAAUUUCUACGGAUACUCUUGAAAUUACUGAAGAAAAAUUGAAUUCUUACAAAGAAAAAGUCCGUGAACUCGAGGGACAACUUGCUGAGCAUCAAGAAAAUCACAAAAAGAUUUUGAAUGAUAAUUUUAUCGCCAAACGGAAAGAAGAAGAAUUAAUUAAUGAAAACAGAAGACUUACUACUAGAAUUUAUUGGAUGGAAAAUGAGCUCAGAAUUUUAAGGGAAUUUAAGAAUAUUAAGAAAGUUAAUGUUGGAACGAUGACAAAAAUUGAUUUUAAAGAUUCUUCUACGAUAACCGAAUCAACGAUUUCGAAAGAAGUUUCAAAAACGGUCAAGCAAGUUGAUAUGACCUGGUCAAGACUUGAAGCCAAAAAAGCUCAGCUGGAAAAAGCUCACCAGGAAUUAAAGGAAAAAAAUUUAUGUAACCAACAAUUGAUGGAAAGAAUCGCUAAACUUGAGAAGCAUGGUAAAAAUAAUACAUGUGAUCAAGUCGAUGGAACUGAUAGGCUUGGGAAGAAAACGGAGUUUGAAAAUUGUAAGAGUUCAGGGAGUGAAAUGAAGAAAUUUGAUGAAUUAAUGGAAAUCACGGAUAAUGAAAAUAAUACUAAUAGAGUUUCUCAGAUUGAAUUCAUUAAUUAUAAUGGUUGUAAUAAAAUGGACGUAUCAGAAAGUCCAUUAGUAAUCUCGGAACAUACACCACAGAAUAAUAAAUAUGAAAUGCAGAAAGUAAAUGACGAAAGAGAACAAAAUGGAAUGAAUUACAUUGUGCUAUACCCCGAAGAAAAUCCAGGAACUUUUGAUUAUGAAAGAGUUAGCAAAAAUGAAGCUGACGAGAAGGUUAGAGAUGGAACAAAAAAAUUAAAACAUAAUGAGUACGAUGGUUGGGCAAUGAGAGUCUGGAACGCGGGUAGUCAUACCAGAAACAGCGUUAAGUCACUCGUCAAUUUCGAUAGACUCGUUCUCUAUCAAGAGUUAAGCAUUUAGAAAAAAAAUAUUUCGCGUGAACUUAAAUUUAAUGAUUGACAAUGUACAAAUAAAACUUAUAAUAUUUUUUAAACAUCUUAAAUAUUUUAAAAUUAAAAAUGUGACCAAAUGAUUUACAUAACAGAACUAAUCAGAAGAUAAACACAGAGACAUAUUUAAAUAUGUAAUAAUGGAACACUUAUUGACUGCCUAACGGAACUUUUAAAGCAGAGAUUAUCUAUUUUCGUUGGAGAUGAAGAAAAGUUACAAGUAUUUUUCAAUGCGGUAUCAUGUUUUUAAAACGGUGGCUCUAUUUUCUCAGCAAGCUUAUCGCGUGACCAGCAAUCUUGAAGAAGGUGUCAAGAAAAUUUUGUUUUCGAUAUCAUCUACAAGGACAAUGCUGCUGGCGCUGCUUGGUAUGUCCAAGUGACGUCCAGAAAUGGUACGUCCUACCACGCAAGCGAAAAAUCUUUUUAAACCGAUACCGUAAUUUGCAUACAAAAGGAUUUAAUGUACUUCGGGUACUUCAAUGUAGGAUUAUAUACUACUGCUCCAUCACAUUAUUGUAUUGUUUUGCAACAGUCACCGUAAAACUUGUACGAUUUUAAAAAUUAUAUUAUUCCGAUUCUUUUGAGUAAAUCAAUGCGAACAUCAAUAGUAAUUCACAACAAUAAUUAUCAUUAGAGUAAAAGUCGAUUUAUAACUCGAACCAAUGUAUACAAUGUAUCCACAUGCAUAUUUUUUUUUAUCCUGAUGAUUUUUCAUGUGUUUUUGAUUACUGUGUUUCUGUGAUUACAUGAAAGAAAUAAAAUGAAUGCAUAAUUAAUACAUCAUAAAUCUUAAGGUUCAGGUGAUCUCUAGUCGACAAUUUUGUUAGAUAUUAUUUUAUGCUUGAUCAA